AUGUCGACUUCCGCGCCGCACAUGGGGGACGCAGAGUGGCUGGCGGAACUGAAUGACGACCAUGCGGAUGAUGCCACGUGGGUUCUCACCAGCAGCUUCGUGAUCCUGACCAUGCAAAGUGGGUUCGCGAUGCUGGAGAUGGGUGCAGCUGCCAAAGGAAACGAGGUAAACAUCCUCAUCAAGAACGUCUACGAUGUAGUGUGUGGCGCUCUGGCCUACUACUUGUUGGGAUAUGGCAUCUCUUACGGAUCUCCAUCAAAUUCAUUUAUGGGCUUGGGUGAUUUCCUAAUGGAUGUCUCCAAUACCGACGACAUAAGACAUGGGCUCGUAUUCAGCAGCUUCAUCUUCCAGUUCAGUUUUGCAGCGACCUCCACAACUAUUGUGAGCGGAUGUCUUGCCAUGCGUUGUCGCUUCGUGGUGUAUUGCCUGUACGCUUUCUACGCGGUGCUGGUAUAUGCCUUCGUGGCACAUUGGGUGUGGUCUGAACAUGGCUGGCUGGCGAAGUUAGGCGUCCAUGACUUCGCCGGAAGUGGGCCAGUGCACUUGCUAGGUGCCACCAACGGUCUCAUCGGGGUUUUGGCAUUGGGGCCACGACAUGGACGCUUCGAUGGCACCAGGCCAGCCGAAGACUUCAGACCUUCCUCCCCUACCAGUAUCUUGAUUGGCCUUUUCAUGCUGUGGUGGGGCUGGAUUGGCUUCAACUGUGGCAGCUCCUUUGGAAUCACCGGCUCCAAGUGGGUCGUGGCCACGCGUGCAGGAGUGACGACCAUCAACGCAACAUUUGGAGGAGGGUUGACUGCCUUGCUCUACACUAAGGCGAAGUCGAAUGGGAGGCAGGUCACGCCGGACCACGUGGCCAACGGCAUCCUGGGCUCCCUCGUAGCGAUCACCGCCGGGUGCGCCUGCUGCCACCCCCCGGAGGCGCCCCUCAUCGGGGCCGUAGGCGCCCUCCUGGCCUUGCUGAGCAACGACUGGAUCCAACGGAUGAAAAUCGACGACCCGGUCGGUGCGAUGGGCGUUCACGGUGUGGCCGCGGUGUGGGGCAUCGUUGCGGUAGGUCUCUUCGCGGACGGAACCCUAAAGGGCAUCGAGGUGGCCAGCGGCCUAUUCCGAUCAGGUUCCGCGCAGCUUCUGGGUGUGCAGCUGCUCUUAGUUCUUGCCAUUCUUGGCUGGUCACUCCUUACAGUGAUGCCCUUCUUCUUGCUGGUUGGCUGGGCGGUCGGUGGAGAUUGUCGAAGACCUCGACGUGGAUUGCGAAUUGAUCCAGCAGUCGAACUGAUCGGCUUGGACCAGGUUUACCAUGGAUGCCCUGCCAAAAAGAAGAAGAAAGCGGUGGCUGAAGAGUCCGUUCCUGCCAUCGAGGUGGGUGACAUCCUCGACAAUACCGAUGAAAGCAGCGAGCUAAGCCUGCCUCAAUUGUGCGGGGUGGAGCUGUGA